CUGGACUGGAAGGGGGGAAAGUGUCCGGACAGGAAGGGGGGGGAAAGCGUCCGGACUGGAAGGGGGGGAAAAAGUGUCCGGACAGGAAGGGGGGGAAAGCGUCCGGACUGGAAGGGGGUGAAAGCGUCCAGACUGGAAGGGGGGGAAAGAGUCCGGACUGGAAGGGGGGGAAAGCGUCCGAAAUGGAAGGGGGUGAAAGCGUCCGGACUGGAAGGGGGUGAAAGCGUCUGGACUGGAAGGGGGUGAAAGUGUCCGGACUGGAAGGGGGGUGAAAGUGUGCGGACUGGAAGGGGGUGAAAGUGUCCGGACUGGAAGGGGGGGAAGUGUCCGGACUGGAAGGGGGGGAAAGUGUCCGGACUGGAAGGGGGGUGAAAG